AAUUCAUGUGGCUAUCAGCAACCUCUAAGCAAUAAGCUGCAAUGGAGUUUCUAUUUCCAUUUGUGAAUACCACAACUUUAUUGCUUACUGCUUUACUUUUCUUCACCUUCUACUACAUAAAAAAGAACACAAAUACCCGUAAGCCUGAACCACCCAAAGCCGCCGGCGGGUGGCCUAUAGUCGGUCACCUGCCGUUGUUAUCAGGAUCGGAGCCUCCUUUCAUAACAUUAGGUCGCUUAGCUGACAAAUACGGACCAAUCUACUCCAUGAAACUUGGAAUGCAUAAAGCCGUAGUUGUCAGCUCCAAAGAAUUAGCAAAAGAAUUAUUCACCGCCAAAGAUUUAGCAGUUUCCGACCGCCCGGAAUUAACUGCUACGAAACACCUCGGGUACAACGGUGCCAUGUUCGCUAUCGGACGAUACGGAGAAUACUGGCGAGAAAUGAGGAAGAUGGUAAUGGUUGAACUCCUCUCAAAUCGUCAGGUUGAUUUGUUGCAAUCUGUCAGAACCUCUGAAGCUGAAACAUUCGUCAAGGAGUUAUACAACUAUUGGAAAUCGGACUGCAACAGAAAUGAAUCAGGACAGAUUCUAGUUGACAUGAAUUACUGGUUCGGAGACAUGUCCCUUAACAUGUAUCUCAGAGCCGUUGUUGGGAAAAGAUACUCUGGUACGACCGCCGAGGCUGAUCGGAAAAUUGCAGAUCGGUGCAAGUCUGCCCUGAGAGGAUUCUUUCAUUAUUUAGGGCUCUUUGUUUUAGGAGAUGCAAUCCCAUUUCUUGGCUGGCUUGAUGCUGGCGGACAUGUGAAGAGUAUGAAAAAAACAGCUCAAGAAUUGAACGAAAUUGCAAGUGAGUGGCUAGAGGAGCAUUAUCGGAAACGAGAUUCAACAAAAUCUGGUGCAGAAAAUAAUGAAGUUCAGGAUUUGAUGGGUAUAAUGCUUAACGUACUUGACGGAGUUAGUUUUUCCGGCCAUAAUACCGAUAUGAUCAACAAAUCUACGUGUGUGAACUUAAUUGCUGGGGGCGCUGAUACAUCUUCAGUGAUCUUGACAUGGACAAUUUCAUUGAUAUUAAACAACAAAAACACAUUGGAGAAGGCAUAUGAAGAACUUGACAAAGUUGUCGGCCGGGAAAGACGUGUGCAAGAAUCGGAUAUUAAGAACUUACCGUAUAUCCAAGCCAUACUUAAAGAAACACUCCGAUUAUAUCCACCCGCGCCGCUACUAGGUCCCCGAGAGAUGAGAGAAGACUGCAUACUCGGCGGCUACUUCAUAAAAAAAGGCACUCGUGUGCUUCCAAAUGUUUGGAAAAUUCAUACAGAUCCUAAUUUGUGGCCGGACCCGAUGGAGUUUAAGCCGGAGAGAUUCCUGUCCGAAAAAUACAAGGAUAUUGAAGUCAAAGGACAGCAUUAUGAACUAUUGCCUUUCGGUAGCGGGAGAAGAUCAUGCCCAGGAUUUUCUCUUGGCAUGUCGUUUUUACAAUUAUCAUUGGCUAUUUUUCUUCAAUGUUUCGAGAUUUCAAAUCCUACAGAUGAACCAAUCGACAUGACUGGACUUCCUGGAUUGAAUUAUGAGAAAAAGAUUCCGCUUCAAAUUCUUGCUUCGCCCCGAUUGUCUCCGGAGAUUUAUAGCAUGUAAUGGUUUCAUAGCAGUUUCAGCUUGCCUCUUUUAGUUGUAUGAAUAAACUUGUGUAGUACUCCCUCCAUCUCAAUAGAGUUGUCCACUUUAUUUUUA